GGAAAGUUAAAGGGAAACUACACUUAAAUGUAGCUGAUGUUAGAUUUUGUUGUAAAAAAAAUUAGAAACAGCAGCAACUUUGAACAAGGAGUGCAGCUCAUUAUCAAGUAAAAAGUAAAUAAAUGUCAUAAUAUCCCUGAGCCCAAGGUAAUGUCUUCAAACUGCUUGGUGAAGAUGUUCUAUUAACUACUAAUACCUAAGACAAAGACAUGCUUUCACACAUUCUCACUAUUGUGAAACUGAAAUGGGAGAAUGUUUGGUAUUUUUGCUUGCAAAAAUUUUGAAAAGAUAACUGCUGAUGAAUUUCCUGUCCAUUGACUAAUUGCCUAAAUGUUUUAGCUCUAAUGCAGCGCAGGUAAACUCUGACUCCGGACAUAGAAACAGAAAUAUUUUAGGAGCAUGAAAUGCAUAAAACAUUCAUCAGAACUUCCCGUUCAGCAAUUAACAGCAUGCGUAUGAUGGAGACACAGACUCAUUGUUCAAAGUAGAGAUGAUGCAAUUAGUGGACUAAUUGAUGACUCAGUCGUGAUUUUUCAAGCAAAAAUACCAAACAUUCUCCAGUUCCAGCUCCUCAAAUAUGAGGAUUUGCUACUGUUCUUUGUCUUAUGUGAUUGUGAACUGAACAUCUUUGGGGUUUUUCGUACUAUAAUCUUUAUUUUUAGGGUAUUUGUCUCUGUUUUCUUACAUCUUGACCAAAUGAUUAAUCCAGAAAAACAGAAUCUGCAUAUUGAUUAUAAUGAAAAUAACUGUUGCUGUCGUUCAAAGUCACGUAAACGUAACUUCCAAAUCUAAGCGGAUUUGCCUUAAAUCCUCACACUGUUCUGUGGUUGUUGUGAGAAAGAGAGGAAGUGAGCGUUGGUGUGUAACUGUGUUUGAGAGGUUGAGAAACAGAUAAGACAGUGAGAGGGCUGCGGGUGGAGGGGGAGGCAGUGGUGGAGGAGGGGGGGUGUGCAGACCAAGUUUUAUUGGCUGCAGGUAAAUUCAAUUUGGAGGCGGAUGCUGAGUUUCAGCCAACUCACCCACACACACACACAGAAACACACACAGAAAAGCACACAGACACCAUCUACAUUUUCGAGACGACACCAAAUGACUUUAUAAACACAUAUUAAUUGUCAUGGUAACCCCCGCCAGCUAAAAAAAAAAAAAAAAGAAAAAGAAAAAGAAAGAAAAAAACAGAUGGAUCAAACCGAGUGAUCACAAAACACAGAGACAGCCAAACACCCACACGGUGGAUUAAAAACAUUAAGGGCUUUCACACCACAGAGAGGAAGAGAGAGACCUUAUAGGUGAUAUGAGGGAGACAUGUAAUGCACCCUCACCCACCCAUCUGCUCUUUCACACACCCUCUCUUUCCCCCCACUCUCCUGCUGUUACGGUACAUGUCACUUAUGCUGAUCCCUUGCUAUUAAAAAGGAUACCUGGAUGGUUCCUGUUGUCAUCAGUGUCAGGGAGGGCUGGAGUGAGUGGGUGAUGCUGAUGCUUUGAAUGCGUAGGGGAUGGGAAGGGGGAUAUUUAUUGGAAGAACUGGACCCUCUGUCUCAGCUCCCCCCUCUCCCUCUCUCUCUCUCUUUCUCUUUCUCUCUCAAAGCCCUCCAACUCCAGCAUCCACAGGGAGGGGGAGGAAAAGGAGGAGGAAGAGGAGGAGAAUAAAUACAGUUUCUUUUUUGCAACCACAUGUUGCUGUGCUUGAUUCAAGUGCUGCAGUAGCUCCAACCUUUCCAUCCCUUUCCUUUGCAUUGUACGUCUAACUAACGAUGUGGCUGCUGCAUCUGUAGUUUCUGCCACCUGUGGCAGCACUCCUAUUCCCUCUACGCCACAGAGAGACAACAAAAAAGGGAAGCUGAGAGAGGUCGGAGAGGAGGAGGAGGAGGAGGAGGAUAUCUUUCAUGAUAAGUGGACUUCUGACAGAAAGAGAUCCUCGCUGCAUAUCCAGUUGACACAAAUGAAAGAGUCCUAAAACCAGCACCAUGCCUGGACUCAUUAACAAGGAGAACCGGAGCGCCCUGCCCCUCAGUGUCUCUGACAUCACUUCAUGUGUCAGGGGUUAUACUCUGGCUCUGACAGCCUCUAUGACCUAUGAGAAUAUUGAAGAUCAUGCAAUCGAGGGGAUCUUCAUUUAUCCACUUGAGGAAAAUUCCAUUGUUGUAGGGUUCGAGGCGAUGAUAUCCAGUCAAAUUAUAACACUGCAAAUCAAAGACAAGGCAAAAAUAGAGGACUGUUAUCUCGACUGCUGCAACACAUCUAAUGGAGCCCUGCAGAGUGGCAGUGGACACAUAGUGUUGGAUGAGGAUUUGGAGAGGACAGUGUUAGUGGUUAACCUUGGGAUCAUCCCCCCUAUGGAGACCGUCCAUAUCCUGGUCAGUACCUCCUCUGAGCUCUCCACCCUGCCCAGUGGGGGCAUCAGGGUGUCAUCCCCAUCGGUGUGUACGCCUCGAGUGCAGAGGACCAUCAACGAGGAGCAGGGACUGUCCCCAAAUUUCUCUAGAGCGCGGGACAGGCAUACCUGUGCUACAAGUCCUCACGAUCAAACCCCCAACUCCCCUCAGCUGUGGUUGGCCUCACUGCUGGAGGAGGAGGCCAUAAACUCCAUGGACUAUGAGUUUAACUUCCAGCUGGAGAUACGCGCUCCUUACCUCCUCGCAGGUGUAGAGAGCCCUUCUCAUGCCAUCCGAGCUGAUGCAGACCCUCUGGCUCGCUCUGCCACCAGUGUCGUCAUCACCCUGGCAGACAAAUACACUUACGACUGUCCUGUCAAAAUCCUCAUUUACCCCAGCGAGCCUCAUCUGCCGCAUGUGCUCAUCGAGAACGGAGACAUGACACAGGAGGACUAUGAUGAGUAUCUUCAUGGCCGGAGCGAUUUCAUCAAGGCCACCAAGAAGGACUCCAGCAAUGAGAGGAAAGUGGAUGUCAUUCAUAGGCGACUACAUAAGGACAUCCUCCACAACCCUGUGGUCAUGUUGAACUUUUGUCCCGACCUCAAGUCCAUCAGUUCAGACCUGAGGAAGGUUCACGGCGAGUUUAUCUUCCUUAUUGACCGCAGCGGCAGCAUGAGCGGAGUUAACAUCAACCGUGUGAAGGACGCCAUGGUGGUGAUUCUCAAGAGCCUUGUGCCUGGCUGCCUUUUUAACAUCGUGGGCUUCGGUUCUACAUUCAAAUCACUGUUCACAACCAGCCAGAACUAUGAGGAGGAGGCUCUGGCCUUGGCUUGUGAGUAUGUCAGGAAGAUCAGAGCCGACAUGGGGGGGACCAACAUCUUGGCGCCGCUCAACUGGAUCCUGAGGCAGCCGAUGCUCAGUGGACACCCCCGCCUGCUCUUCCUGCUCACAGACGGAGCCGUCAGCAACACAGGCAAAGUUAUCGAACUGGUCCGCAGCCAUGCGCGCUACAUCAGGUGUUUUACAUUUGGCAUUGGGCAGAACGCCUGCAGGAGGCUGGUGCAGGGACUGGCGACAGUUUCUAAAGGAACAGCAGAGUUCCUGGCUGAGGGAGAGAGGCUGCAACCCAAGAUGAUAAAAUCCCUGAAGAAAACCAUGUCUCCUGUACUCAGUGAUAUUUCCAUCGAAUGGCUCUUCCCUGAGACCAAGGAAGUGCUGCUGUCCCCUGUGGGCAACACCUUCCUGUUUCCAGGGGACAGUCUAAUUGGCUACAGUGUGGUUUGCGACACCACCCGCUACCACGCCAAUCCCAAAUCUGAUAAGAGGAGGCGGUACAGCAUGAUGCGCUCCAUUGAGUCGGCCAGUUCUGUGUUUUACCACUCACAAGAGGAGGACCCGGCGAAGACGAGUGUCGACAGUCAGGGCUCCUACAGGGAGGCGCCCUCUGGUCCUCUGUAUGACUCCUACCAGGACUCCAUGAUAGACGGCAGCCCUGUCACCACAGAGCAGGACCCCAUGGGAUUGGAUAAGACAUCACCAAGACGGCGAGCGUACAGCACCAACCAGAUAAUAGACUACAACCCAGCAAAGAGGGUCUACACUCCCAGUGAUCCUAGCUCUGUGGUGCCCAAGAAUCCACUGAGAAGAGCCAAGGUCCAGGAGCUGAUAGGCCAGAUGAGCCCUGAGCAUGAGGCACAGUGGAAGAACGACUACCAGCCCCAGCUGGCAAGCCUGUGCGCUACAUCUUCCAGAGGGCGUCCUGCCAGCUGUCACAGGCCGUUCCCUCAGCAGGAGCUGCUCCUGCAGCAGGAGGCCGACUCAGAGCUUCAUCACCAUCCCCUGCCUCAGGACAACCCUCUGCCUAACAGCAGCAGCAGCAGCAGCGGCAGCAGCGGUGGCGGUGGUGUUGUGCUGCCAGCAGCUCGUAAUGCCGCUGGGGAUGAUGGAUCCAGAUCCUCCACUGACAGCCCAUCUGUUGGCAGCGUAGGAGAUACAGAUGGUUAUGGACACCAGUUAUGUCAAGCAGAAACCCCACAGGAGACCCACAUUUCAGAUCUGGGUGCUGCCAACCAGCACAAAGGCGACUGCAAGGCUGUGGUGUCCGGACUGCUGUGUGGGAAACCAAUGAAGUGGGAGGUGGUUUUCGACAUCGAGCCGUUCCUGAACGGACGGGAACGUGAGGAAAAGGUUCACGAGGAGCUGUGGAACGAGACCUUCCACCACCUGGCCGGACGCUCCAUCAUACACGACUUUGAGCACAUGGCGAAUAAAGAGUGCGAGAUUGAGCACGGCUCUGGCAGGAAGUACCAGCUCUACGCUAUUCACACCAGCAAGGCCUGCAAUAUACUGAGCAAAUACACAGCAUUUGUUCCCAUCGACCUGGACACUAAUGAGUAUUUGCAGACAUGUAUUGAAUAUAUAAACCCUGGUGAAGGUCUGAAGAGGGGCUCACACUCCAGCUCUCGUUCAGGGAGCAGGAAGAACAGAGGUUAUUCCAUUGGGUUGGGUCGCUCUCAGUCUGGGGGCGUGUCGGAGGAAGUUGAAGACGUCCUGCUGCCCAGUGGAGAGGAUGGUGUCUCUCCAUGCAGCACCCCCUCCUCCUCUGGUUGGGAAAGAUGUAGCUUCCCAGAAGUCUCCCAGAGGAGUCCGUCUGUGACCUCUGACCAAUCACAGAAAUCGGUGGAGAGCCUUUUUUCUGCCAGGUUGGCCCUCAGCAGGACUCGUCUGCUGACUCGAGCUGCCAAAGGAUUCAUGUGUCGAUCUCACAGCAAGUCCGGUGAUUCAAUUGGAGAAAGCGACAACGAGAACAAAGACUACAUUCCUCUGUUGUUGUUGCAGUUGGCUUGUGGUGCAUUUCCUCUGGACACAGCUCUGUGUGAUACCAUUAAUGUGCCCAUGGACAAGCUCAAGUGGACGUCCCCCUUCACCAGCCACCGCACCAGCCUGGGUCACUUGUCUCACUCUAGCAGCCGCCGCACUGAAAGCACUGAUGAAGAGCACAGAUCGCCAUGUGAGCCAGAAACAUAUCAGCACCCUGCAGAGCAAACUGUAGGCAUCCACAGCCCUUCUCCUCUGUCCAGGGGCGCCUGGGCGGAUGUUACUCCUUCCUCAUUAGGAAGUCCAUCCACCACUGCUGAACCCCCGCUCUCCCCACACCCCCAGGUGGACAGUGGACGGAGCUCUGGGUCGGGGGGCUCAGAAACGGCAUCGCCCGGCGGGGCACUUAAGAGGAUGCUGAAUCCAGAGAGCAUGGUGUGGGCCACAGCUGUGGCCCUCGCCUGGCUGGAGCACAGCUCUGCCAGUUAUUUCAUAGAAUGGGAACUGGUAGCCGCCAAGGCAAGCAUGUGGUUGAGUGAGCAGGACAUCCCAGAAGGCCGAGAUUUAGCGUCCAUCAAGGCUGCUGCCAACCAGCUCUUCAUCAUCCUCAGACACUGGGAUGAAAACCUGCAACUGAACAUGCUCUGUUACAACCCCAACAGUGUCUGAGGCCUGUUCAGGACUAAUCCAGACCACUCAGAGUACUCAAUCCCAUAUGAUACUAUGCUAACUGAGGCUGUACUAUUCUCCAUUCAGCAGUAUGUCCUCUGGAGUCUGAUUUUGCCGUUGCAGUUGUGAACAAUGUGUAUCCUCUUCUGUUUGUGUGCUGUUCCUCCAAAAACAUAUCAAAUGUUCUUCAGAGGCACUAUGUGCAAGCUGUUACCUCGCUGGUGCCAUAUACUGUAGCUGGAUCCCUGUUAGCAAGGGAUCUAAUCAGAGUUAUGCCACAGAUUUGAGUUUCAUGGAGAAGAAUGUCAGUGUUAAAUUAGUAGCAUGCUGGACCACUGACCAUCAACAUCUGAGAAAAGCUCUUAUUGUCAUCAUAUUGAUGUUAUGGGGAGAAUGCUGCAAAAACAACAGUUGGAGAAAACUGUUCCACUGAUUGACGCCUACUGUUUACAUCUUCAUCUUUACAGCAUUUUCUGAAUUGAUUGUAUUGUGGAAAAAAAUGUUACAUGAGAACAUCUGGGUACUUGCUAGCAGUUAUGCCAGUCUUUUCUAAUGGCUGUUACCAUUAAAGUGUUAUUAAUAUUCGCCAUUUUGCAGUUUGAUUAUAGCAGAGACAGAAAAAAUAUGCAAACAGCUAAAGAAAAUAUUAAGUACAUGUUAAGAUUUGGUUUUAAAAAUAUGUGGCUUCGGUGGGAAUCUGUGAAUGUGUAUCCCACUGGCAUGUUAUUUAUUGUUUAUUAUCUAUAUUUAAUGAUACAUAUAGUUUAUAUUUUUUCACUUGUCUGAGUAUACUGGUCUAAGAGUAAAGGUUUUGAUUAUUCAUUAGUUUUUUGAUUCAGAGAGAGUAACAGAGACCUGGAGUCAGUUGCACCAUCUGUUUGUAUGUUCAAAGUUAGCCUAAUUAUAAGCUAACUGAUUAGGAUGUAAAGAGAUAUUCAUUACUUACUAAUUUACUAACCAGACAAAAUAACUCUUACAUAGAGAUUUGUUGUUGAUAAGAAUUUACACCCUGUAACUGCCAGAUGUAGGUGUUGUGUAGCUAACUGAACCAGCUAACAAAGCUAACGUUAGCUAGAUAAAGGAGAUAAGGAAUGUGGUCAACAUUUCAAAAUGUUGUUCAACAACUUAAACUUGGAAGUUUUUAAUUUAAAUAAAGUCUUUACUCACUAGUCUGAAACUAGCUAGAAGUUAAUUGGCGCUUAGGAAGGAUGUUAUACACAAACUUAGCGAUGGAUUUACAAAUAGCUGGUGCGACCUAAUCCUAAUAUGAGCAGUGACCAACGGGAAUUAGAGGAAAGGCCGCUGCUUGUUCAAUCAUUGUCACAGCUCAUUUACCGCAAGUGCCUAACCAAAGGUUUAAAGUUGGCAGAAAAUGUAGAUGUUGAAAAUGUUUGCUGCAGUUUAAUCAGUGAGGAUAAUGAUGGGUUCUUUUUCUUGAAUAUACAGUGGGCAUCCUUUUUUCGUUAUUAAUAUUUUCUUGAUUCUGUUGGUGGCCUACGUAGGCAUCUGUCAGUAUUGAUUUUUCUCUUUCUUAUUCCAUCACAGUGUUGCUUUACUCAGGUAUUUAUUGAUUUUUUUCACUCAGGCUGAGUUGCAUAAGUACUUCUGCAUGGACACAGGUGUUUAUGUUACAAUGUUUAAUGACUGAAUUGCCACAUUGGAGCCCUUAGUGCAGUAUUUCACUCUCCGAAAUGAAAUGAGAAAUACGUUAGAUGUCAUAUAGUAAUAUUUUUGUGCUGUAAUUGCAGUAGUAAGUGCAGCUGUAAUUGUAAUAAGUUGUAUUUUUUAUGUACUGGGUCAGUUGUAUAGUGCAGUAUCUUUCAACUUGCUGUGUGUGCCUUUAUAAAUGAUUGUUGACUGUUUGAGGCUGUUGAAAGCUUCUGUAGUGUCUUUAUGACUAUCAAUGCUAUGACCAGCUCUGCAGGUGCAUGUAAUAAAACAACUCUACAACCAAAGGCACAGCUUCUGUAGCUAUUAUUAUCCUGCUACUGACAACAAAGUACCUCAUGGAUCAGUGCUUGGGCCCCUUCUCUUUGUAUAUACCCCAUCCAUUGGUGUGAUUAUCCACUCACAUGGGUUUUGCUACCAUUGCUAUGCCAAUUAUAUCCAUCUCUACCUAUCCUUCCCGCCUCAUUACC